CCUCUUCAGUGAUUCGGUGCAGUGCAGUGGUCGCUGCGGUGAUGGAGAGAGGCUGUACACUGUUCGUCCUCGUGGUCCUCACGGUUUCCUCUCUUGUAGAUGGACAGGAAGGUUCCUGUCAACCAGGAACGUUUGGAGACUACUGCAGCUACUCCUGCAACUGCGGCUCGUCCUGUAACAGUGCAACAGGAGUUUGUGCCGGCGCCUGUGAUGAUGGCUGGAGGGAAGGAAAUGGGUCACUCUGUCAAAAGGAAAAUGUUGCCUAUGGAAAACAAGUAUCAGGUUCAGGAGACUACUCAAAUAGUUGGACUGCAAAGAAAGCUGUGGACGGGAACAGAGACCAGGACGUAACCCACGGCUCCUGCUAUCACUCAUAUUACUACCCGACCUUCUGGUGGGUAGACCUUGCUGCUGAAUACAGAAUACAUUCCGUCAGGAUCUACAACAGGGCUGGGUAUCCGCAUAGACUGGCAAACUGCAGCAUCUCCGUCGGACCAGACUCUAACUCGGAAACAGUCUGCUACACUUUUCCAUCAAAUCGCAAGGACAUCCCUGACGUCAUCGACCUGACAUGUAACGGGAUAGGGAACUUCUUCAUCAUCAGGAACCCAGGCAACGCACCUUCACAAGAUGAUACGCUCAAUAUCUGCGAGGUGGAGAUAUAUGUAUGUUCAAAAGGAACUUUCGGCGCUUAUUGUAGCGAGUUCUGUCACUGCCUGAACUCAACGUGUGACCACGCGACAGGGAAGUGUCCCGGUGACUGCAGCCCAGGCUGGAUGGGGAAUACCUGUUCCACACAAUGUACCAAUGGCACAUACGGCCCCAACUGUCUGAAGAAGUGCGAUGACAGACACUGUAACGGUACUUCAAGCUGCCCCCCGGUUUACGGGGGAUGCACCACUGGAUGUGAGAAAGGGUGGGCAAGGCCGGACUGCUCAGAUUGUACCACAGGCUUCCACGGUCCUGAGUGUAUUGAGUGUGGUCACUGUGCUACCAACACUACCUGUGACUCUACGACAGGUGAAUGUGGUUCUGGCUGCCUGGAAGGCUUCACUGGAUUACAAUGCAAAGAGUCUGUGGGCAACGGAUCGUCUGUCGCCGGCGCUGUGGUGGGAACCUUACUCCUGUUACUUAUCGCUGUUAUCAUUGCUGUCGUUGUAUUCAGGUGGCGAGGGAAACAUUCCAGCUCUGUCAGAGGUCACCAUGCCGUCUUCAAUCAAAAGGAAAGACAGAAGGGUGAUGACAACGUUUACAUGAACGUGGACGUCGACACUUUCCCCAUCUAUGCGACUCCCAACGUCAAAGCCCAAAAGCAAAGUCAGGGGUAUAGACACUCUUGA